GUGAUGGGAUCAUUUGUGAGGAAACAUGAGAGUUCUUAUUGUGUUCCUGGAGGAAUUGGCCUGAUGACGUCUUUUCUGAUACCGGAUCAUUACGUGACUUAACACUUUGAAAAAAAAGGGAAGCUCUUUGAUUCAUGGAUAAAAAUCCGAGCUCCACACAAUCCCAAACAAUAGCUGGCAUGGAAAGGUAAUAGGCAGACAAGCACUGACACAGCCAGCUAAAAGCCCUCUGCCUAUUGCAUGUGUGUAGGUAUAUAUAUAUAUAUAUUGAGACACAUAGAAAUAGCUGCAUCCAUUUAUACAGAUACACACGCAAGCAGACAAGAACAAGGGCUGGCCAAGUUGAAUAAGCAGCAGCCCCAGCCCCAGCCUCAGCCCCAGCAGCAGCAGCAGAAGAAGAAAGCAGCUAGAGGACCGCCUCAGGAGAAGUAUCUCAGAGAGGAUCUCAUCUCAUUGUCAGCAUCUCUGCCCAAGACUCAUCACAGGCUGUUCCAGCUCUCGCUGCCUCCCUGGCUCCUUUGCUUUUCUAAUCCUUUUAUUCCCCACUAUCUGCUUCUUUUACCUAUACAGUAGCUAGGGAGCUUAGAUCUAUCCCCCCCACCACCCCUCUUUUGUCAUUCGUCUGCCCCCUUUCCUCUGCUCAGCCGGAAUCCACCUAAUAUUUUCCUUCUGGAUUUGUGGCUUACAUCAAACUUUUAAUCGAAACCACAGCAACCUGCCAACUGUGAGACAGAACGAUGCAGCUGCCCACUUUCUAACAGACAGGGGCACAAACUUACCGGGCACUUGGCUCAAUUCGAACCCAGGCAGCUCUCUGUACAGAAGGACUUGCUCUUUUAUAUGAAAGACAAUGUGUAGGAAAGCGCUGCUCGCCUGGCUUCUGCUCUAUGGCAUCAUGCGCUGCAGCGUCCACUCCUCACCUGCUGCGCUCAAGUACCCAGCACUUAGGCUAGAAGAUGAAGUAUAUGAUGAAGACGGCAACACUCUCCCAGACUUUGCGUUUGAGAACGACCCUCUGGGCAUGGGGAACCCCUCCUCGGUCCUAGACGAUAUGUACUCAUUUUAUUACCCGCCGGAAAAGAGACAUGCUGAUGAACUAUUAAACAAAGUCUAUAGGAAUGUGCUGGGGCAUUUGUCUGCAAGAAAAUACCUGCAUACUCUGAUGGCCCAACGCUUAGGAACGGUGAGUAGCAGCUUGGAAGACGAGUCGGAACCCUUAUCUAAACGGCAUUCAGAUGGCAUCUUCACCGACAGCUACAGUCGCUACAGAAAACAAAUGGCUGUCAAGAAAUACUUGGCAGCAGUGCUGGGGAAAAGGUAUAAACAGAGAAUUAAAAACAAAGGACGGCGUGUAGCAUAUUUGUAGCGAUGAGUCUCCAGCAGCCACCUCGUGUGUACAGCCCUAUCCCCCCAGUCAUCCCCCAACUGACUGAACAAUCAUCGCUCCUGUGUUAUCUACAAACAUGUAUUUAUGUAUGAAGUAAAGCCAUUAAAUGAAUAUUUUGAUAAUAAUAUCGUUUUUCUUUUGUACAAAAGCACUAGAGAACGCACAGAUCUACUUUGUGGACCAAUCAAUAAGUUAUAUAUAUAUAUAUAUUAUAAAUAGAUAAAUAUAUAUAUACUGAUGAGAAGAGCUCUUAGUUACAGCGUGCACAAAAAAAGUUGCACGAUUUAUUUAUGUUUUAUAAGAAAAUGGAGGAAAAAUAAGGACAAUCACUGUUUUAGAGAUGUUCCUAUUAUUUUUGUAACUGAGAUUAAAAGGAUAGUAUUUUUAUCCACGACAGGGUCGAAGACAUUACUAUUGACCAAAUGCAACUGGACAUAAGUAUUGAUGCCCUUCUACAGGGGAGCUUUGAUGCUAAUGUUUGGGGGGGAAUGCUGAAGCAGAUUCUUCCCUUGGGUGAGUCUUGGAUCAGGAGCCCUAGUGAGACUGUUAUGUCUAUGGAGCCCUGAACAACCUUUUUAUCUAAUUCUAUUCCCUUUGCCCCUUUUGAUUCUACCUUUAUUUAGUUGUUUCUUCCAGCUGGGACUCGGUCCGUUCAAAUUCUCCCUUGCUGGCCAAGCAGCUCUGCCAAAUUCUAAGCACUCUCUCCCAGAUCCAUUUAACUUAUGGGGAGAAGGAAUACCACUCCAGCUUCUUAUUGAUUGGACCAGGCCAAAGUUUAUAGCAACACUGACUGUAUAAUAAUUGCCAGUUCUUUGACAAAAAAAAAAAAAAACUGGAAGAGAUACAGUUCAGAUUGAAAAGAAACCGCCCAAAAUGAAGUUAUUGGUUCUGGGCUUGUUAAUCCCUAUAGGAUUCAACAGAAUUCCCACUGGGGGAGUCCUUUACCUAACUGACAAUGGGCAGCUUGGUACUGCAUGCAAAGUACUAUGUGUUUCUCUCCGGUGCUGUCCAUGCUAUUCUCCAUCAUGUGGAAAACCCAACCUUCUCUCCUCCUCCUGAGCUUGUCAUUGGCCACAUUGCCUUGUUUUGCUUCCAGUAGAAUUCUACCCACACCACCUGUCCUGCACUGACUACUGUUCCCCCCUCUCUCCAUUGUAAGCAAGUCUGACUUUGUUUUGUUCUGCUGCUCUUAUUGUAACCGUAGGAAUCCCUGUUGUAGCUACGACUAAAUAAUGAUGCACUACUAUAACUGACGGUUUUGUUUCUUUGUUUUCUUGAGUCUUAAAGGUAAAAAGAAAUGUAUUUUUCUACAUGAUGGCUUAUUGCUUAGUAAAAAGUUCAUAAAAACAACGUUUUGUCAUAAUAGAAUUUGUAAAAUCCAUCGAUUCUUACCCCCUCCCCCUUCUCAAAAAGAAACAAAAAUGUAGUCUUUCCAAUGAAAGGUCUGUAGCCUCAUCUUUUACAAAGGGAUCAUUGCUAUGAAGCUGUUAGAGAUUUAUGUAGAUUAUUUAGCAGUAAAUCACUUUAAAGAUGAAUGAUUUGGAGUGAGAGCAGCGUGCGAGUCGCCAGUGUUUACAGAUCAGGGCUGCGACAGGAAAGAUUUAGUAGACGUCGCACCUGGACAGUCUGAUCAGGAAUCUCCCAAUCUGUCACCUCCCUGAUGUUGCUGAUUUACAGUUAUAAUUCAGUACCCGCUGGGGUGGCGCAGAUUGGAGAGCCCUGAGGCUAUAGACACGGCUUUGUAUUCCCUAGCGGAUUCCCACAUAUCCUGCUGCAAACAGUUAAUUGCAGAGAAUCAAUCUUCCUCUAAUUCUGCAUUCUCCACCUCAGGCAAAAGUGUGACGCAGGAUGCAGGUUGCAGCUCCCGUGCCUUCCCCUCGCCUUUUAUAUCGCCACGAAUCGCAGAUGGCUUGUUAGUGGCCCUAUGAUGCUGCAAAACAUCAGCUUGUAUUUUAGUCUCCUCUGUGUAUGCCUUGAUAGUGGGUAGGUUUCCCUGUAUUUUUGUAUUAGCUGUAGUGUUCAAAUAGGGGUUUCAGUUGAAUUUUCUUUCAAACCUAUUCUAUCUAGUACAGUGGUUUUUCCGUAUUUACCUAGCAAACCCUUUGUACAUUAUUUCAGAAGCGCCAAGAGCCUUACUACUAAAAAAAAAAUAAAUAAAUAAAAAAAAAGCAGCAGAUUCGACCUACUGUGAUCUGCCUUAGAUGUGAGUCGAUAUUUUGUGUGCAACCAAUUCUUAAUCUAAUUUCGAGCGAGUAUUAUGAGAACACACCUCUCUCUAACUAGGAAACUGAUGUGUUAUUUCAAGUGUGCAAAGUUUGUAUGAAUAAAUUUUUGUAAACAACGCAA